AUGCCAAAAGUUAGAAGAGAGAAGUCUCCGGCUAUGGAUUGCAGUGAAUCAUAUCCCUAUCCUUCCAGUUCCAGUUCCAAGAAUCUUGAGCUGCCUAAACCUAGGUUUGGAUCCGCCGAGGAUUGGAAAGAAUGGGAUGAUACUAGAUGUUCUAUUUGCAUGGAAACUCCUCAUAACACUGUUAUUCUGAAGUGUUCUUCGUAUGAGUUUGGUUGUCGUCCUUACAUGUGCAAUACUAGUUACAGACACUCCAACUGUCUCGACCAAUUCUGCAAGUCAUUUGAUUCUCAUCUAUCGUCGGCAAAACUAGAAGAAAUUCCGCUCAUAAGAACAGCGCCUCAUGACAAGAAAGUUCGGUCAGAGGUUGUGAACCCCCCUCAAUUUGUGAGUCAGUUGCAACCAAAGCUUAUCUGUCCUCUUUGUCGGGGAGGAGUAUAUGGAUAUAUGGUAUCGGAGCCUGCUCGAAGGUAUAUGAAUGGUAAACGAAGGACUUGUUCGUCUGAGACGUGUGAAUUCCAGGGAACAUAUCCAGAACUCAGAAAGCAUGCUAGGCUGGAGCAUCCUUCUGUUCGGCCAUCAGAGGUGGAUUUCUCACGGUGGCAUGACUGGUCAAGGAUGGAACAGCAAAGAGACUUUGAAGAUCUUUUUAGCUCAAUCAGUGCAAGUUCUGGUGCUGAUUACAGUGGAGAAGAAGAUGUCAUGCAUUGGGCUGGGGGUUUAGCAGACAUGAUGUCCAUCUUAGCGGCUGAAAUGUACUCCCCUGAUAUAGAUGGUUUUGUGACUAGUUUAUUUUCUGAUCCAACACCUAGAGCCCCAUCACAUGACAGAAGAUCUGAAACAAUCUACGUGAUACCAAAUGAUACACAGACAACUCAAUCUGCUACACCGAGAUCCAUUUUUUCUUCUACACAUUUUACGUUGCCUGAAAUGUCUUAUCCAAUGCCUACAAUGCCAUCGCACGACAGAAGAUCUGAAACGAUGCGCGGGGUAUCAAAUAAUACACAGACAAAUCAACCCGCUAGACGAAGAUCCACUUUACCUUCAACACAUCAAGGGGAGAGAAUUGAAAGAGGUGGAUUGAGAUUCACUUUACCUUCAACACAUCAAUGGGAGAGAAUUGAUAGCAGUGGAUGGAGAUCCAUUUCGUCAUCGUCCCGUGAUCAGGGGGCAAAUAGUACUGCUAGAUGGAGAGAAAAUAUUCCACCCUCAAGAAUGGCUCAGGCUCACAGUGAAAUUGUUGAAAAUUAUUAUAGAGAGUUGAGCCCUAGGGGCAGAACAUCGUCAACAAGGCGGCCUCGAGUCUCUCAUACUAAUCCCCAACACAGCUAUUCUUCUAGAAGAAUUCUUGGUCAACAAUUUUCUCAUACUAAUUCCCGGCACAACUAUUCUUCUUAUAGAAGAACUCCUGGUGGUCAACAAGUUUCUCAGACUAAUCCUCCUGGUGGUCAACAAGUUUCUCAUACUAAUCCCAGGCGUAACCACUCUUCUACAAGAAUUCCUGGUCGACAUUUGCAAUGGCGCAAUCAUGGAUGGUGA